AUGGAAUCGAUAGAACCAGUUUGCGUCGACUCGAUUCGUUAGUGGUUCGGAUCGUUGCAAGCCAGCUUUAAACGGGGCUCUCGCUCGCUGCUGUUUAACGAGAAAAUCCGAGCUCGACGGGCUGCCACGGUCGAGAGGAGAGAUAUCAAGCCCCGCCGGAGGUUGUCACACGUCUCCGUGGAUGCGUAUUGCUUAUUCGGACGUUAAUUGAAUAUCUUGCGGGGUCCGAGGCUCCGUGGGACUAGUGGAGGUCUGCCGGGGACGCGCGACGCUGCCCGGCCGCGUUGAGGUGACAGGGAGGGAGUGGGUGAGUGAUGGACAGGUCCCAGGUUCAUGCGGAGGGGAGGCUGGAGGUGCGAGGGCUGGAGCUGGAGGUGAGGAUGGAGGCGGGCGGCUCCAGCCUGAACGUCGAGGUGCAGGACCCCUACUCCGGAGACUGCUGGAGGGCAGACUUCCAGCCGUCGUACGUUGAAGAUCUGACGCAUAAAACCGGAAACUUCAAACAAUUCUCGGUGUUCUGCAGCAUGCUUGAGUCGGCCAUAACACAGAGCAGCGAGUCGGUGAGCCUUGACCUCCUGACCUAUGCCGACUUGGAGCGAAUGAGGAGCCGUAAAAGCGGGCCGGCCAUGCGGUCAGCGCUGCAUCCCUCCGCCGCCGCCGCCGCCGCCGCCACCACUCCCAGUGGGGCCGCCAACCCAGCACUCAGCUCCAAGCGCUACCUCAUUCUCAUCUACACGGUGGAGUUUGACAGGAUCCACUACCCGCUGGCGCUGGGCUACGCGGGGCGCCCGGAUACCGCCACCCUGCAGAGAGCCGUGCGCCAGCUCAAGGAGGAGCUGUCCCACCUGCGGGGUCACCCGGGCGUCGUGCAGGACCACAAGCACAGGGAGCUGGAGUCUCUCCAGCGCGACAAACGCGAGCUGGAGGCGCUCGUUGCCCGGCUGCAGAAGAGAGCGGAGGGUGGCGGCUGCGGCGGUGCGAGCGACGCUGGCGGCGUUGUCGGCGCCACGGCCGCCAAGGAGCUGCGCGUGCUGCGACGCCUCGUGUCGAGCCUCCAGGAGGAGCUGGGCCGGGAGCGAGCCAAGGCCCAGCGCUCGGCCGCCAAGAGGUCGCAGGAAAUCCGCAAGCUCGACGACGAGCUGGAGGAGGCGCGAGCGUCGGAAAGGAGUCUCCGUGCCCGCGUCAAAUGUCUCAGCACCGAGCUGGCUCUGUACAAGAGGGGGAGGGUCACUCCCGUGCUGCCCCUAGCGGAGCGUUCCCGGGGCAGCGAGAGGGCGGCGUCCGGGGGUCCUGGAAGGGCCCGGGGUGAAGUUCGCUCCGCGUCCCGCGAGAGGGAGAGGACGGCGUCCAGGGAGGGGCGACCCCCCGUCCGUGGUCCCCGCUCACGGACCCCCUCCCUGUCGCCAGCCGCAGGCCGUGUGCCGGCCUUUGACCCCACGGCGUACGUGCGCCAGCGAGAGCAGCGCAAGAAAGAGGCAGAGCUGCGUGGUUCGAGACAGCGUCGCCGGGAGCUGCAGGGGACCCCGGGGAGCGGGGGGUCCAGCGGGGGCAGGGGUCGCCCGCGGUCGCGCCCUCCCUCGGGGGGACGAGCGCUCAACGGGCACAACACACGCAGCUCCUCCCUGGAGAGCGCCCAUAGUCGGCGAUCAUCAGCAGGUUCCGGCAGCGACGCUGCCCCCUUUUCUGAGCCUCUCACCUCCGCCACAACCCAAAGACGUGGAGGUAAACCCGUGAAAAAGAGCUCCUGGGAAAGCCCAGCUGAACGCUCAUUUCCUCAGCCCAAGCGGGGCCGUGCGGAGCGGAGACGGCAGCUGGCCAGCACGCCCACAGCGACCCAACCUGCCGAGACAAUGACCUACUACAGCCAAUCGGCCGACCUUUCCGAGAUCGACGCUCGCCUCGACGCUCUGCAGGACUACAUGCGUGCACUCGAAGCCCACAAGUAGCCCCCCCAUCCUGCCCACCACGGCCACCUCCGUGGGAGUGCCCAACGUCAGUAUCACAUCAUCAGAGUACCGACCACGCAGUAGUAUCUACAUCGUCACCACUACCACGCAGUAGUAUCUCAUCAUCAAAAGUCCCCCGUGUAGCCUUAACAGACCGUUGGGGCAAGUGCUGCGAGCACCGAUGAAGGCUGACACGGCACACGAGGGGGUGAGUGGCCAGCACCACGCCCGGCCGCCUUUGUCUCCCCACUGGCGAUAUUUAACCACCGCACCAGUGACAUAAGGAAGUCCGAGGACCAGUUCACAUAUUCAGAACCGGUGUUGGCUGUGAGCGGGAAUCGAACUCGGGUCGCUGGGUUCAUCGCACAGUGCGCUAACCACUCCCGGAGUAUCUCAUCAUCACAGCACCUGCCACGGGCAGGUAUGCACCUGCCAUGGCUGUGUGAAGCACAACAUCAUUGCACCCUUCUCAAGAUAACCUCCCUCGCCAUGGCAGGGUCAUGUGGCAUGGUUAAGAUGUGUUGGCACGCCUGCGAUUCGGCACUUUCCAGCCGGGGUUGAUAGGAUAUUGUAAAGACCAAAAUAUCUCGGCGUGGAUUUUUGAGUUUUCCUUUGUGUGCGCAUUUGUGGAUUGUAUCCAGCGUCUCGUUUUUUUUCCCCUCGUGCAGAAACCCUGAUUGUAAAGGCUUCAUCCAGACAUUCCAAUGCAAAUACAGCGUCAAAAAGCCUCCCUGCGCAAGCGAUCAAGGAGCGAUGCUCUUCUUGCAGUUAUGAAAAUUCAUAUGACAGAGGCGAGUUCAUCAUCUAUCGGAUGAUAUUCUUGGUUCUUUCGGUAAAGUCACGUUGAAGGGAAACAAUAAAAUAAUAAAAUAUAUGUUACUGUUUUAUAUAUUUUAUUAUUUUAUUGUUUCCCUUCAACGUGACUUUACCGAAAGAACCAAGAAUAUGAAUCACUGCAGUCACGAAAGCUUUCAAUCAAAAUCUAUUGGAUGAUCGCGUUAACCUUUCACGUGGCACUAAUUUUAUUGUGUGUGAAAGUGUGAUGGGCCGAGCCGAUUUCAGAGCACCGUGCAUAGAGAGCUCUGACCCCAGCAGGAUCCUUCAGAAGCCAGCAGCAGAUUUUGCUGUGUAGAUGCCCACUCCCGUCAAAGAAGUGUGGAAGCCGAGGACCGCAAAUGGGGUGUCGUGCAAAUCCAUUGAGCAGGCACGCUUAUGGCUACCAAUUAAUAGGUGAGAUUUAAAACCUGAAAAUGUUGAGCGACUUUAAAAGCCAUCGCUAUUGGUGAUUCUAGAAACUCAACAAUUUAGUCAUUAACACAAACCUUAAAAAUAAAAAAAAUACAUGACAGGUGAUGUUACGAGGAAAAUGGCCCUUCAUAGCACAUAUAUUUAUGCACUAUGAUGGACUGUUACCUGCAAUGUCAGAUAUAUAUUUAUUUUAAGGCCACAGUUUUCGUGAUAAACGCGUUACGUUCCUUCUGUUACUGGUGCGCUCGUGCCCAACUGGCGAUGCAGCAGCGUCACCAAACAACGUGUUUCAGAAUUAUUCUACGCUUUGGCGAAAAAAAGCCAUUGGCUGCUUCUGAAGCUCGCGUGGUCCUUUACUCUAGUUUUGAAAAAAAUUAUAUUGUAAGCAAGUUAAAUGUGCGCCAAUGGUAAUCCGAAUACACACUAAUCCCAGAGUAAUUACACGGGAUCGCCAGAACUUGCCUUUGGUCAUCGGGCUACAGUAACGAGUUACUCCCCAGCACACCUGACCGCUUCGCUAGCAAUGCAAGCCUCUCUGCACGUUGGUUCUCAAUUUGGGAGCCACUGGCCCAGACCCACGUCCUCGCGCGCUGCCCACGGAUUUUGGGGUUUGAUUUGCAUGUUGCCGCGAUAUUUGUCAUGUACAUACGUAUAUUUUAUUGCCGUCCUGCGUGAUGUGAAUUGUUGAACUUUUUAAAACUCGCGUACAUUGCAUUGUUUUUGUAUCUCUUCAGAACUUUUCAGAUUUUUUUGUUACGGUUAAAAUGGCGCGGAUGUUACCUGCAGGGUUCACCGCGAAGUCAAUACUUCCUGUUGUCCAUAUUCAGAUCAAAAUGUCAUCACGGCGCGUACCAACAAAGCGACCGCGGCAAUCGCCUUCUUCCUUCUGCCAGGUCAUCGAGUUGUCGCACACUUGACACUCGAUCUCCCGAGGCCUGCUCACGGUCUCACGACCACCGUCUCCUUUUAGGGCUCUUCCCCCUGUCUUGCGGUUCGCUCGUCCGUCCUUCAAGUACCACUCGUACAACCCUGAGAUUAAACAUUACGUCUGUAUUUAGACGCUGUAUAAAUAAACAAAUAUGAUUAAAAACACAUGCAGGGCGACACAUUCAAAAGUGUUUAAGUAAAAACGUAAUUGUCCCAUUUUUUUAAAGACGCACGCAAAUUCUUGUCGAUGAGCGCUAGCAGAGGGUGACGAUGCCAGUUAGGCAACUCACUCGUGCAUCUCGACCGGACGACUUCUAAACGCGUGAGUUCCCCGCCAGAGGUCAUGUCCCUCGUCAACCCCGGUAAUUACGGCAGCAGCAGGAGAUGUGAAUUUCAAAUCCUGAUGGGACGGUUGCGUUGAGCCGCCUUGAUUGCAUUAAGCCAAUCCGAACGUUCACCAGGGAAUCAAGUGUCGAGCAACUUGGCAACAUCUCAACGGACGCAAAUGGCAAAGCCAAGUUGCCUGGCAAUGCAUCGGUGUGCGAGUGCACGAGUUUGUGACUUAGAAGUGAAGAGCUUGCUUUGUAAACGUGGAUAUGACGUUUUGGCCCCACCCGCGUGUUUUAAUAAAGUGUUGCGAUCUCUUGCAUCCUUCA